AUGAAGUCAGCUUUCAAGGCGGAGUAUCCUUUCGAGAAAAGAAAAGCAGAAUCGGAGCGCAUCAGCCAGAAGUUCGAAAACCGGAUCCCGGUGAUCUGCGAAAAGGCCGAGAAAUCGGACAUCCCGGAAAUCGACAAGCGCAAGUAUCUGGUCCCGGCAGAUCUCACGGUGGGCCAGUUCGUCUACGUGAUCAGAAAGCGGAUCAAGCUUCCCGCGGAAAAGGCGAUCUUUAUUUUCGUCAACGACACGUUGCCACCAACCGCAGCUCUGAUGUCAGCCAUUUACCAAGAGCACAAAGACAAAGACGGGUUUUUGUACGUCACUUACUCUGGAGAGAAUACUUUUGGUACCUGCGAGUAG